AUGAGUACAGCGAUUAAGUCUUCUGAUUUCAAUGAUGAUAAUGAUGAUGACAAGCCGACCAAUACUGGGCCAAAGGAUACAUGCCUCUGCCUUCGACGGUUAACGCGCAUUAUACUAAUGCUCGUCGGAGCCGUGAUGACUAUUUACGUCUGUAUAUUAUCCUCGGAGCGCUACUUCAAGUACUGGGUUCAGACCACAAUCGAUCGCACAGAUGUUCACGUGUCAGAGAUUGCCUUUCCAGCCAUCACAAUCUGUCCCACGCACUUAACUCUUCACAGUCUUAAUAAGGCGGAACAAAGUAGCAGAGAGCAGCGGUUACAUAGACUCUAUAAUCUAGUGCAGAGCAUUCGUUGGCGCACCCCAGCAAUCGACCAGGCCGCACACCUGGACUUUAACGAAUUCGAAGAGUUUAAUAACCAAACAUUGCUCAAUGUCGAUAGCAUCUUCAACUAUGGUUACAGCUGCAAGGAUCUAUUUGUACAGUGCAUGUGGCGACGCCGAGAGGUGGAUUGCUGCAGCAUGCUAUUCAGAAACUUGAAGAUCGGCUCCUGUUAUGUAUUCAACUCAAUACUUGCGGAAGAUCCCGAUCCUACAUGGCCCUGGUCAGUGGGCGAUGCUGGUUUCAAAAGUGCCCUAAAUAUCAAGAUCAAUCGUUAUAUACAUGACAUUAGGCUGGAGGCCAUUGGGCCAGUUUAUAUUGUCAUCAAUAGGUAG